CCGGGUCACAAACCUUCAAAGAAAUCAAACAUCGUCAUAUAGGUUAUGUUUGCAAACAACGUCUGAAAGACCAAUAUAAAUUACAAUGAGUUCCGCCAGCAAGGUAGGCGAGAUUUUCACCGCAGCCGGACAGGCAUUCAAUAGGCUCGGAGAUUUGACAAUGCAACUACAUCCAAACGCCGAGAGUCCCACCGGAAAAUGGACAGACGAAGAAAUUGAGAUGCUUAGACAAGUAGUCAAGCAAUUUUCAGAUGGUUUAGAACAAAUAAGUGAACACAUUAAACGUCGCACUGUAUCACAAAUUAGGACGGCACUAAAGAAAAAAGCGUUUGAAGAUGCUGGUUUACCACCUGUGAGACAAAUUAACACAGUUCAACAGCAAAGUCAGCCUCUUAUGAAGCAAGAAGUCACAUUAAAUAUGUUAAAUGCAGCAGAAUCAGAAGUUGAUGUUGAAGGGCUUCAUGAAGAUGUAAAAUUGGAAUUUGAUGGGGAAAAUGAGGAAGUUUCAUCUUAGUUUUGUACAUUCAAACACAAAUAUCAAAUUGAUAUUUUACUCAUUAUUUAGAAUAAUUUAAUUAUAAAGUAAGAUUUAAGUUAAAUAAAAAAGUAAAAUAAA